AUGCUUUUGCAGCUGUGUGUGGUUAUCCUUCUUUUCUACCUAGCACAUCAAAUAAACAAGAACCAGGAAGAGGCAGAAAAAAUAAAGGCACUGGAAAAGAAAGUGGCGGAUUUAAUGAAUGAUCUAGAUAAAUAUAAGGGGUAUGAAAGAAACUAUAACAAUCUUAAAAAGUCCUAUCUAGAUCUGCUGGAUAAGACAGUUUCUUCCAGAAAGAAGGGGGAGUAGUCGUCAUAUAUCUUAAAUAUAGAGCACAAAAGCUGUGUCUUUUCAAGAUAUUUUCUACACAAAUUUGAAAUUUAAUCCCAAAUGCACGAGUAUAGAUAUUAUGGAGAAGAUAGAAUGCGUGUUCUAUUUAAUUCUGGCCAGAAAUGUAAAGUAUACUCUUUUAUAACCCGGAAACAUAUUUGGAUAUUAAUAAAUAAAAGC